GUUGGUACACCUGCCAUUGGAAUCAGUUGUUCGUGUUUCAGAUCGAGGUGCUCCGUAUCUGGCUGCUAUACCUGGCGGGCAAAUCCGUAUCUAACAGUUGUUUUCAUACCUGACUUUCAUAACAUGGAGAAGGGGAACUACAGCCAUGGGAAGACUGACAGGAAGCACCUCACAGCUAAGGCGAGGAAGGAAAAGUUUGCCAUCUUGAAGAACAUCUUUAUCAUCUCUCUGGCUUUCACCUUCCUCUUCACCAGCCACAACUCCAUUGCCAACCUCCAGUCCUCCAUCAACAGGGUGGAUGGCACGGAAUCGCUGACUGCCCUCAACGCCGCUUAUAUCUUCUCCUGCUGCUUCCUGCCAUCGUGGCUACUGACGGUGCUGAAGGAGAAGUACACCAUGGUGGCUGCCAUGCUCUGCUACCCCUACUACAUCGCCGCCCAGUUCUAUCCAGAGACCUACACGUUGGUGCCCACAGCCGUCAUCGCGGGCCUGGGAGCCGCACCUCUCUGGUCCUCCAAGUGUACCUACCUCACCAAGGCCGGGAAGAGAUACGCAACGCUGGUAGGCGAGAAGAGUGAAAUCGUCAUAACAAGGUUCUUCGGCAUAUUCUUCGUGUUCUUCCAGUCAGCCCAGGUGUGGGGCAGUAUCAUCGCUUCCUCUGUGUUAUCGGCGGGCUUGGAGGAAGCCAACGAGAUUGAUAAAGCGGCGCUGCAGUCCUGCGGCUACAACUUCUGCAUCGCGGAACCCACCAAUGCCUCCAACAGCAGCGACUCCGGCGGGAGGGAAGGUCCGCCUCUUUGGCAGAUCUACACCAUGGCUAGUAUCUUCCUGGUCUUCUCUCUCUCCGCCAGCUUCAUUGUCCUCGUCUUCGUGGAUCCCCUCAGCAGUUUCAAAGAAAUAGAAGGUAGUGGAGGAAGCGGUAAGAGCAGCGUGCAGCUGCUGGUGGCCACCUUCACCCACCUGCGGCACCCGUACCAGCUGCUCAUUGUUCCCCUCACCAUCUGGUGUGGCCUUGAGCAGGGCUUCCUCACCGCCGACUAUACUGUCGCUUACGUCUCGUGCGGGCUGGGCGUGCACAUGGUGGGUUAUGUCAUAGUGUGUUACGGUGUGUGUGACGCACUGUGCUCGGUGGGGCUCAGUCGGCUGGUCAAGGUGUUGGGGCGAGUGCCGGUGUUCACUCUGGGGUUCCUCUGCAACUCUGGGCUCAUCGUAGCCCUGGUCUACUGGCGGCCACAUCCGGAUGAUCUGGUGUGGUUCUUUGUCAUCGCCGGCUUCUGGGGGGCGGCUGACGCUGUCUGGCAGACGCAAAUCAACGCGCUCUACAGCAUCAUCUUCCCCGGGAAGUCAGAGGCGGCCUUCAGCAACUAUCGCCUGUGGGCGUCCGCCGGCUUCUUCAUCUCCUACACCAGCAGCAGCGUCCUUUGCAUCGACGCCAAGAUCACCGUCCUGGUCGUCUUCCUUGUGGUGGGCAUCGUUGGAUACUAUGUCAUCGAGGUCCUCGAGAAGAUGGGCGGCUUGAAGAAGUAAUAGUACGGCAAUGUUAUUCCGCUUGAUGCAUAAGUGCAUCAAGCGGAAUAACAUUGCUCGCGCAUUUGUGUUGCUCACGUGGCCCCACCAAGUGAGGUGAUUCGACGAAAUAUCUGUGCCCAAGUUGACCACCGAGCAUUGUCGGAGUUUGGAUAAAUAGGCUAAAUAUAUAUUCCAUAUACUAAAUAAAUUCCAGUCAUUGUGGGCUCUGCUUAACAUCACGAAGAUUUUAGACUCAGCCAUUUGUCAGUCCAGUUGGGACUUAGUUAUUCUGAAGGCAAGUGAAAGUUCAUUGACUUGUGAUACAGUAUUGAUAUUCAUGAUGAGACUUUAUACCUCACUCUGGUUAUGUAACGUCACUGUACCCCAACCAUGUUCACAAACUUUCAGUCAGUCUUGGGGUGACUAGUGGUCCAAUGUUGUUAGGUUAUUGUGGCCUAGUAACAUCUAGCUGGUAUGACUUGUGCUUUGUGUUGAUUCACUUCAUUGUUAUUUGAUAGUGAGUGUGCACAGAGAGAUUUGCGUAUAUAAGAAGCGGUGUCCUGUAGAUAAGUUCGCCCCAGUAAACUAGUGGAUUUUACGUAGACUUUC